CGGAGACCUCAGCUCCCAGCGUGCUCUUAGGCGCGGACCGGCCCCCGCGUUAACCCCUCAGUGGCCGCAGGCUGGCGGGAGCGGCGCGGGGCGCAGGUGUCCGGGGGGCGUGGGGAAAAGCGGAGCUGAGGAGGGGAUGAGAUUGGAGGCCCUUGGGAAGGAAGGGACCUGGGGUUAGCCGAGGACGGGCAGCGAGGAGGAGGGUGAAGGGGAGGCGAACACUGCGGAAAUUAGGAAUCUGGACAUUCACCUUUUCCCGAAAAACGAAACUUUUCUUUUCGGGUGCCAGCCCCCGACGGCGCUGAGGAGGUAAGGGAGUCUGCCCUAGCUAAACGGCCGCCUCUGUCCCACACACAACUUCGCCUUGAUCUCGGCACGUCCAGAAAGAGGAGAGUGGCCAUCUCCACUCCCUCGGCCCGGCAGGAGGGGCGAGGGUGGGCGGGUGGAGUUUGCGUCCCUCCGCCCCGGGAGCUGACCUGGGCGUUUUCCUGUGACCCUCCUGGACCAUGGCCUGGAGCUCGGGAGCCCUUCUUGUCACCCCUGUCCUCCCUCUGAGUCGUGGGGACCUGGUUCCAGCGCAGAUGUGCCUGGAGAUUCCUGCCUUCCCUCCUCCUUGUCCUCGCUCUGGGCCCAGCCACCCCUCCCACAGAAUGCCUGAGGGCCCCGAGCUGCAUCUGGCCAGCCGCUUCGUGAACGACGCGUGCAGGGGGUUGGUGUUCGGCGGGUGUGUGGAGAAGUCACCCGUCAGCCGCAACCCCGAGGUGCCCUUUGAGAGCAGCGCCUACUGCAUCUCAUCCUCAGCCCGUGGCAAAGAGCUGCGCCUGACCCUGAGCCCCCUGCCUGGGGCCCAGCCCCCACGGGAGCCACUGGCCCUGGUCUUCCGAUUUGGCAUGUCCGGCUCCUUCCAGCUGGCGCCCAGCGAGGCACUGCCCGCCCACGCCCACCUGCGCUUCUACACAGCCCCACCUGGCCCCCGACUCGCCCUCUGCUUCGUGGACAUCCGCCGCUUCGGCCACUGGGACAUCGGGGGCGAGUGGCAGCCAGGCCGCGGGCCUUGCGUCUUGCUGGAGUAUGAGCAGUUCAGGGAGAAUGUGUUACGAAACCUAGCGGACAAGGUCUUUGACAAGCCCAUCUGUGAGGCCCUCUUGGACCAGAGGUUCUUCAACGGCAUUGGCAACUAUCUUCGGGCAGAGAUCCUGUACCGAUUGAAGAUACCCCCCUUCGAGAAAGCCCGUGAGGUUCUGGAGGCGCUGCAGCAGCACAGGCCGAGCCCGGAGCUAACCCUGAGCCAGAAGAUCAGGGCGAAGCUGCAGAACCCAGACCUGCUGGAACUGUGUCACUCAGUGCCCAAGGAAGUGGUCCAGCUGGGGGGCAAAGGUUACGGGCCGGAGAGCGGAGAGGAGGACUUCGCUGCCUUUCGGGCAUGGCUACAGUGCUAUGGCAUGCCGGGCAUGAGCUCCCUGCAGGACGGGCGUGGCCGCACCAUCUGGUUCCAGGGGGAUCCCGGACCCCUGGCACCCAAAGGGGGCAAGUCCCGCAAGAAGAAAUCCAAGGGAGCACAGCAGGGUCCUGAGCACGGAUCAGAGGACCCUCUCCUUCCAAGCACGGCCCCUUCCAGAACACGUGGGGCACAGAGAGGCCUUUCUGAGCAAACUACAGCCUGGCAACCCGAGGGGACCAGCCUCUCACAGGACCCAGAAGUCCCCCUAGUCCCUAAGAAAGGAAGAAGGAGGGGGAGACCAACAACCUCAGGCCCCCGCAGACCCCAAAAGAUCAAAGCUGAGAAUGGGGGGACCUGAGCCUCUUAGCAGGAGGGUCUCCCUGCUUGCAUCCACCCCUUCCCUUUGCCUUGCCCUGGAUCGAGGGGCCUGUGUAGCUUGCUGGAAGCAGGCUGGAGCUGAAGGUGCCUGGAUGCCCCUGUGGCUGUUCCCUGCACAGCUAUGAUGUUUUACUGUACCCCACCUUCCCCAUUUUUUAAGCCCAUGUGAAAGAUACUGUAAUUUUUUUUAUAAACUAAUAAACUUGAGCUUCUUGG